GCAAUGGUUCUAAUACUGUUGGUGGCCAUUCCCCUGCUGGUCCACACAACCAAAGGGGGGAACAACGGAAAUUCAGGGAGCCAUUAUGAAAUGCUUGGAAGCUGCCGCAUGGUAUGUGACCCCUAUGCCACCUCUCAGCCAGGCCAGGAGCUGACAGCUGUGUCUCCACCGCCCCAGGAUUACUCUGGGAAGAAGAUAAAGUCUGGGUUUCGUGGGCCCCCAGGGAUCCCUGGCCCUCCAGGAGCACGUGGACCCCCAGGAGAGCCAGGCAAACCAGGGCCACAGGGGCCCCCAGGCCCUGGUCCUGGUGGCUAUUCGCCCUCACUCUACACUCCCAAGAUUGCCUUUUACGCAGGGCUACGCAAGCAGCAUGAGGGGAGUGAAAUACUGAAGUUUGAUGAUGUGGUGACGAAUGUAGGUAACUACUAUGAGCCCACCACUGGCAAGUUCACCUGCCCUCUGCCUGGCAUCUACUUCUUCACCUACCAUGUUCUAAUGAGAGGUGGUGACGGGACCAGCAUGUGGGCAGACCUGAAGAAGAACGGAAUGGUAAGAGCCAGCGCCAUCGCUCAGGACGCUGAUCAGAAUUACGACUACGCCUCCAACAGUGUGAUCCUGCAUUUGGACGUGGGCGAUGAGGUGUGUGUGCAGCUGGACGGAGGGAAGGUCCACGGAGGGAACACAAACAAGUACAGCACCUUCUCCGGCUUCCUCAUCUACCCAGACUGA